AUGGCUCAGUUGGAUCAUGGAGAUCCUGCAACUUCGGAUCAACAGGACAAGUUCCUUCAUGCACCCCAGCAGCUCACAGAUGGGGCAGGCGUUGCAGUGGGCCAACUCAAAGCCCUGGAUCUGGUGAUAGCUGAGCUGGUCGCGUGCCAGCUCUCCCUCGCCCACAGCACCAGCCAAGAUGAGGAUAGAGAAGCGAAAUGCCAAUUAAGUUUUCAUACUGAAAAAAUAAAUAUGUAUGAGUAUCAGACCGGUUCUGGCUCUGAGGAAAGCCCCAGGAUCCAUUCAGAGAAUCAGACAUGUGGCUCGGCUGCCUUCAGAGCCGGAGCUGACGGCCCUAAACCGCUUGGACUUCUGACUAACACUCUCAUUCUGCUCUCGCCUCCCGCGGAGCCUGCAAUAGAGGACGGAGGCUUUACAGCUGGGAAAUCCCUGCUUCGUGACGCUGGCCAUCAGUAUCCCUCAUCACCACCUCUGUGUGCCCUCUGGGUCCCCAGAAGCUCCAGGAAGAAAGUACAGCACCCUCUGUUGGCGUCACCCUGGACACACACACAGAAUCCCUCCCAGCAGCCGUCCAGGCAGGCCACGGCAGGCCCUGCGAUCGCCAGGGCCAUGGAGAAGGAAAGCUCAGGAUACUGUGAGGCUCCAGAGAAGCUGGGCCUCUCCUUCUCCAUUGAGGCAAUCCUGAAGAGGCCCACAGAGAGAAGAAAUUUACCCAGACCACAGAGUGGAGGGGGAGAGGACUGCAGGCAGACAACUACCCCGCGUUCCAAGCUGGAGAGGCCCUCACAGGAUCAGCCCCAAGAGGAAAAGAAGAAUAAACGGAGAGUUCGCACUACUUUCACCACGGAGCAGCUACAGGAGCUGGAGAAGCUCUUUCACCUCACCCACUACCCCGACAUCCACGUCCGCACCCAGCUGGCUUCCAGGAUUAACCUGCCCGAAGCUCGAGUACAGAUCUGGUUUCAGAAUCAGAGAGCCAAGUGGAGGAAGCAGGAGAAGACUGGAAGCCUCAGCACCUCACAGCAGCCUGGUGCAGCCAGCUUGGCCCUGCCCUCAAACAUGGACAUGGCUGGUCCUGUCCUGACACCCCCUGCUCUGCCCAUGCUGAUGCCUCCCACAGGGUUCUGCCCACUCUCUCAGACUCAGCUCACUCCAGGCUGUUUCCCUGCCCAGAUCACCCUUGUCCCAUGGCACCCGUGGGAUCUGCAACCCCUGCCUGGCUCUCACACCCAGCAACCUUAUGUCCCUACCCUCUUCCUGCCACCUCCACACCCCAAGUGGGGCAGCAUCUGUGCCACUUCAACAUAGGGACUGGGUUCUCUCCUCCUGAGCAAGCUACUCUCCUCUCUCAGCAAUGGCGGAUAGCCCUGGACC